CUCAGCCAAUGGCCCGCACUGUCUCUUCUUCUUCGACUUCAAUGAGAAUUCCGAUUAAUUAAAAUUACAUUAAACAAAACAAUUCGGUUCGAAUUAAAAUUCUGAACCCAAGUUUUAACUUUCUUUAUUUGUAUUCUUCAACUCAGCAACUGAAAUAUCUAACCGAAACACAUUCGAAAACACUCUCCAUGGUCAGUAUAUGAAUGCAAAAGGUUGUAACGCUACAAGGUUAUAAUCUUAAUUUCUUUUAAAGGAUUGUGUUGUUUGUAGUUAGUUUUUUUGAGUUAUGGCAUCAUCUCAUAAUAGUAUGCAUUCAGAAGCAGCUAAAAUGGAACAAAUUGUUACUGAAUUUUAUGCUAAAAGUCUGCAAAUUAUACUGGAAGCGAGGUCUCCUUAUAUGUCUUCACGUAAUUUUAGUGGUGAACAAACUUUAUCCCCGUCUUCUUCCUCGUCUUCAUCCUCUAGUGUGAGGCCGAGAGAUAAAUGGUUUAAUUUAGCCCUUAGGGAAUGUCCUGCUGCGCUAGAGAAUUGUGAUCUCUGGCGCCAGAGUAAUUCUGAACCGAUGGUGGUUGAUGUGAUUAUGGUGCAGAGACCGGUUGGUUGGGACCAGAUGAAUUUUUCACCUAAAAGAGAUCCUGUUAGGAAUUUGUCUUUGAAGGAGAGGUGUUCUGUGGGUUGGAGUUCUGAUCAGGAGGAUUUUGGCAGUGCGGGUAAGAGUGAAAAGAUUGUAGAGAGAUGGAUAGUGCAGUAUGAGAGUAGGAAGGCCAGGGAUUAUAGUUCAGGAAGUAGGAGGUCGAGUAAUUAUGCUUUGCAUAAUGUGUAUAAGAAAUCGAUCUUACUUUUGAGGUCGUUGUAUGUGACUGUUAGGCUUUUACCUGGGUAUAAGAUUUUCCGUGACCUGAAUUCAUCUGGACAAAUAUGUGCCUUUACCUUGGGUCAUAGAGUUUCUUCUUUUUUUGAGCCAUUCACUCGUAAAGAAGAGGCAGAAUUUCAAUGCUUUGGGUUCACUCCUGUUGACACCUCUUCUGGUAGGCUUUGCAUUUCAGUCUGGUAUCGUUCAUCACCUUCAGAUGUAAGUUCUGAAUCAUCAACCCCUAUGUCCCCCCAAUUUAUACCAGACUAUGUUGGGAGCCCAUUGGCAGAUCCACUGAAGAGAUUUCCCUCUCUUCCUAUGUCUCAUGGCUCACCGUCAUCAUUGCCAUUGCCACGACCACAUAGUUGGAGCUAUGACCAUUAUAAGGUCUCUCCACCUUCAAUUUCUUCCUCACCUUCGCCCACCCAUUCAGAAUCACAUGCUUCACGCCGUUACCCCCCUACCAAUUUGCCUCCACAUCCACCUGAAACACCUCUAGUUCAUAAAAAACAUACAAGUUUUGAUGAGUACUGUCCAUCUCCUAGCUUUUCCCCCUUCCCUUCCCCGUCACCACCAAUAUAUAUUCCAGGAAGACAUCUUUCAAAGGGUCUUUUGCGAUCUGAAAGUGCUCCAUGGAGCUUACAUGCUCUUAAGCUGGCUAAUUCCCCUGCAUUGUCAAGCAAGCAAAAUCUGUCCCCAUCUCCUCCACAAAAAAUUACAAGAUCCAAUACUUCUAAGAUUGAUAGAAGUAUGGAUCAAAUACAGACUGGUGCAACAAUUGAGAAGCUUCUUGCUUCUGGGAAGGAUGACUCUCGAAAAGGCUCUAGUGUGAAGCUCUCGUGCAACAGCUCUCCACGAAUUUCUUUAUCUAGAAGCUCUAGUAGGUCUUUCCAAGAUGAUUUUGACGACGAGUAUCCUUGCCCCUUUGAUGUUGAGGAUGUUGAUGUGACAGAUUCAAGUUGCAGACCAGAAUCAUUUGAUCGAAAGGGACUUCUGUGUGAGCCACAUGAGACUGGUGGGUACCCAAUGAAAUCCCAAGACGCUGCUGUCGGUGCUCUUGUACGUAUGUUGAAGAAAGCACCGCCUCUUCGUCAAGAUAUCACUGGCUCAAUAAAUUUAUCUGACGCCUCCAGACCUGAGAUGUGGAGCAGUACCACCCAGGAGGCAAGACAGAUCUCCGAUGCAACUGCAAGCCAGCAUGCUGCUUCUGCAAGCAUUACAUCUUCUGGUCUUGUAGCAUCAAAAACAACAGCUGAUGCAUUAGAAGAACUCCGGGGUUACAAAGAUAUGAAAAACUUGUUGCUUAGACAAGGUGCCAGGUCCCCGUCCCACUCAUCAGAAAAUAAUGAUUCUACAGCAGAAGCUGCCAGCAGAGUUUCAACUGGGUAAACUAUGCCUCAUGUUAAUGCACGACCUUUUGUACAUAUAUACAGAAAACAUGGUUUUUAAGUUGUGGUUUCAUGUCAUGUGGCUCAAAUGCCGUUUUUCGUCAAUAUACAUAACUAUAAAAUAUAAGAGGUAAGGAGGCACGGGUUUUAUGCCCAAGGUUUGUCUUAUAACAGAGUUUAUACGUUGCAUUUACUGCUUUUAAUGUAAAAAGCACUGGUUGUUCAUAACAGUACAUCGUGGUGGAGUGUUGGUUUUGGUACA